CGCAGCUCUGUCUCUGGUGGUCUCCAUGACUCUUGCUGUCUCUGUCUCUGUGUCAGCCUUUAUCUCCCUUUGUCGACCUCCAUCUCUGCCCCUAUCUGUUGGGUCCUCAUCUCGCUCUCUCCAUCCUUUCCUCCAUCCGCUCUCCUCCCGCAUCUCUCCAUCCCUCUCUGCAUCUUCCCACCUCCUCUCCACCACUCCUGCUCCGAGAACUGCCCCCUACCCCCGCCCUCGCGUUUCCCCUCCCCCUCCGAAAGGGUUAACUUUGGGGAAGGGCCCGGAGUCCCCGGAUGGUGAUGUCAGCGUGCCGGAGAGAAAGGACGAGCACGCCCAAUAUGUGGGUCCCUAUCGGCUGGAGAAGACGCUGGGCAAAGGACAGACAGGGCUGGUUAAACUCGGGGUCCACUGCAUCACGGGUCAGAAGGUCGCCAUUAAGAUCGUAAACCGGGAGAAGUUGUCUGAGUCGGUGUUGAUGAAGGUGGAACGGGAGAUCGCCAUCCUGAAGCUCAUUGAACACCCACAUGUCCUCAAGCUCCAUGAUGUCUAUGAGAACAAGAAAUAUUUGUACCUGGUUCUAGAGCAUGUCUCUGGGGGUGAGCUGUUUGACUACUUGGUAAAGAAGGGGAGACUGACACCCAAGGAGGCCCGAAAAUUCUUCCGCCAGAUCGUGUCUGCGCUGGACUUCUGCCAUAGCUACUCCAUCUGCCACAGAGACCUAAAGCCUGAGAACCUGCUUUUGGAUGAGAAGAACAACAUCCGCAUUGCAGACUUUGGCAUGGCAUCCUUGCAGGUGGGAGACAGCCUCCUGGAGACCAGCUGUGGGUCCCCCCAUUAUGCAUGUCCAGAGGUGAUUAAGGGGGAAAAGUACGAUGGCCGCCGGGCAGACAUGUGGAGCUGUGGAGUGAUCCUCUUUGCUCUGCUUGUGGGGGCUCUGCCCUUUGAUGACGAUAACCUGCGCCAGCUGCUGGAGAAAGUGAAGCGGGGCGUCUUCCACAUGCCCCACUUCAUCCCUCCCGACUGCCAGAGCCUCCUGCGGGGCAUGAUCGAGGUGGAGCCCGAAAAAAGGCUCAGUCUGGAGCAAAUUCAGAAACAUCCUUGGUACCUAGGCGGGAAACACGAGCCGGACCCGUGCCUGGAGCCAGCCCCUGGCCGCCGGGUAGCCAUGCGGAGCCUGCCAUCCAAUGGAGAGCUGGACCCUGACGUCCUAGAGAGCAUGGCGUCGCUGGGUUGCUUCAGGGACCGUGAGCGGCUCCACCGCGAGCUGCGCAGUGAGGAGGAGAACCAAGAAAAGAUGAUAUAUUAUCUGCUUUUGGAUCGGAAGGAGCGGUAUCCCAGCUGUGAGGACCAGGACCUACCUCCCCGGAAUGAUGUUGACCCACCCCGGAAGCGUGUGGAUUCUCCCAUGCUGAGCCGUCAUGGAAAGCGGCGGCCAGAAAGGAAGUCCAUGGAAGUCCUGAGCAUCACGGAUGCCGGGGGUGGUGGCUCCCCAGUACCCACCCGUCGGGCCUUGGAGAUGGCCCAGCACAGCCAGAGAUCCCGUAGUGUCAGUGGAGCUUCCACCGGUCUGUCCUCCAGUCCUCUGAGCAGCCCAAGGAGUCCGGUCUUUUCCUUCUCACCAGAGCCUGGGGCUAGAGAUGAGGCCCGAGGAGGAGGUUCCCCGACUUCCAAAACGCAGACGCUGCCUUCUAGGGGUCCCAGGGGUGGGGGCACCGGGGAGCAGCCCCCUCCCCCAAGUGCCCGCUCCACACCCCUGCCUGGGCCUCCAGGCUCCCCGCGCUCCUCUGGCGGGACCCCCUUGCAUUCGCCCUUGCACACGCCCCGGGCCAGCCCUACUGGGACUCCAGGCACAACACCGCCCCCCAGCCCAGGUGGUGGCGUGGGAGGAGCGGCCUGGAGGAGUCGUCUCAAUUCCAUCCGCAACAGCUUCCUGGGCUCCCCGCGCUUUCACCGGCGCAAGAUGCAGGUCCCCACCGCUGAGGAGAUGUCCAGUUUGACGCCAGAAUCCUCUCCGGAGCUGGCAAAACGCUCCUGGUUCGGGAACUUCAUCUCCUUGGACAAAGAAGAACAAAUAUUCCUUGUGUUAAAGGACAAACCACUCAGCAGCAUCAAAGCAGACAUUGUCCAUGCCUUCCUGUCGAUCCCCAGCCUGAGUCACAGUGUGCUGUCACAGACCAGCUUCAGGGCUGAAUACAAGGCCAGCGGUGGCCCCUCCGUCUUCCAGAAGCCUGUCCGCUUCCAGGUGGACAUCAGCUCCUCUGAGGGCCCAGAGCCCUCCCCACGACGGGAUGGCAGUGGGGGUGGUGGCAUCUACUCUGUCACUUUUACUCUCAUCUCUGGUCCCAGCCGUCGGUUCAAGCGAGUGGUGGAGACCAUCCAGGCACAGCUGCUGAGUACUCAUGACCAGCCCUCCGUGCAGGCUCUGGCAGAUGAGAAGAAUGGGGUCCAGACCCGGCCUGCUGGUACCCCACCCCGGAGCCUGCAGCCCCCACCCAGCCGCCCUGACCCAGAGCUGAGUGGUUCUCCCCGCCGAGGACCCCCCAAGGACAAGAAGCUCCUGGCCACCAAUGGGACCCCUUUGCCCUGACCCCAGGGGGCUGGGGAAAGAGGGAACCCCUUCCACCCCCUUUCCCUGCCCCCCAACUGUGAAUCUGUAAAUAAGGCCUAAGGAACAUAUCGGGAGGGGGGGAGGACACAAAUAAAACGGCCUUGCCCUGCAGGGAUGGGGCUCUAGGGGCCGUGCCCAACAGGGGUAUUUCUGAGGGGAAUAGGGGCAGGGGAGCUGUUUCUAUUUUAUUUAUUGAUUAAUUUAUUAUUUUAUUUAUUGAUCAAUCUCUCUGCGGGGUGGGGUGGGGGAGGGACGGGAGUGGUUGGGGUGGCUUAGCAGAUCCGGACAGGACCCUCUGUCCCUGUGUCAUCCCCAACCCCCCCUUCCCAGGCCCCUCCUCCCUGGUCCUUCUCCCUUCUGUACGGAUUUGCUCUCCGGAAGGAAUUCUGGUUUCGCGUGA